UGCUAGAAUUUUGACAUAGAUGCGGCAAUCUCGCACAUACUAUCUAAAUAAUACUUACAAUCUCCCAACCUAAGGGAAAAUUAGUAACUAAUAACAGAUCCUAAGCAAAGCAAGGAGAGAGAAACAGAGGUGUUGCUUGCAUCCUCUUCUUCUCAUUCUUCUCUCUCCUCUCCUUGUUUUGAUUUCUGUUUAUGUUUAUAAUAUCCAUCCAUGAAAAUUUGAAACCUCCGACAAACCAAAUCGGUCCUGGCCAUACUCAUCAUAGAUAUGGCCGUGGACUGGUCUGAACUACCUCCUGAAUUACUUUACACCAUAGCCACCAAUCUCAACCAUCUCCAUGAUCGUAUCAGAUUUCGUUCCGUUUGUCUCACUUGGCGAUCAUCGACACCCGAAACCCCAUUCAAUCUCCCCUGUCAACUCCCCUGGCUCAUGCUCCCUGCUGAUCAUUUCUCUUCCAAACCCUCUCAUCUUCGUGGCUUCUAUAGCCUCUCCACAAACAAAAUUCAUGCCUUUUCCCUCCCCAGAAUCACUCGUAGGAGCCGUCGUUGUGGUUCUUCCCACGGCUGGCUUGCUUUUCUGGAAGAAUCACCGUCUGUUCUUCUUUUGAAUCCUUUGACACGUGUGGUUGUAAAUCUUCCUCCGUUGUCAGAGUUUCCAAAUGUUAUGAGCUUUGAUUAUUCCAAGGUGGGGCGUGAGUAUACUCUUCGAACUGGGGACGACGAUGUUUAUAGCUGUAAUUUGAAAGAGAUGAGGGAUUCAUAUAUCAAAAAGGUGAUUCUUUCUGCCUCUCCGGCUUCUUGUUCAGAUUAUAUUGUUGUAGCCAUAAUUAAUCAGACGGGCGAUCUUGCUUAUUGUAAAAAUGAUGUUCCUACUUGGAAAUUCAUCGACGAAGCACAUGGAUAUUGUGAGGAUGUUGUUUAUCACAAUGGAAUGUUUAUGGCUGUGAAUAAGAACGGCGAGAUUGCUGUCUGUGAUUUAAACAGCGAUAAGCCUAAUGUUUCAUUUAUUAAUACCCCACAUCAGGUUGGUGGUGAUAUGCAAUACCUGGUGGCUUGUGAGGGUGAAUUGUUGUUGGUUACUAGGUAUUUGGAGCUUGAAUUCAAUGGUGAUUCAAAUCAACUUGAUAUUAUAUACAAGACAACUGAAUUUCAGGUGUAUAAGUUGGAUAUGAAAGGGGUAAAGUGGGAGGCCAUGAACAGUUUGGGUGAUAAGGCUUUGUUUCUUGGGGAAAAUUCGUCGUUGGCAUUGUCAGCUUCUGAAUUUCCCGAAUGUAAGGGGAAUAGGAUAUACUUUACAGAUGAUUACUCAGAGUGGAAUUACGAUGGUGUUAAUGGGGAUCAUGAUUUAGGUGUUUAUGAUUUGGAAGAUGGGAGCAUUGAGGCUUUGCCGUGUUACCCCUUCAAUUCGCACUCAACGCGUAGUUGGCCUCCGCCUAUCUGGGUUACUCCCAAUCCAUGCUAGCAAGUAAGAUCUUCAUAAUAUUUGUAUAUUCAUGUUUCUGAAGCAUGGCAUCUAGGGGCUUUCCAAUUGAAGCACAGCAUUAUAAAUCUGCAGAAUCUGAGUGUCCUGUUAAUAGUUGGUACUUGGUGCUAUGGUGUGGUUUUGUAUCAUAGAUAAUUUCAGCUUUGUUCUCCAGUAAUCAUGUUGUAAUUAUAAUUAGGCUAUAUCCAUUAAGAAUAUCUGGUAAUGUAACUAGUCACAGUGAAGUUGUAAUAAAUCUUAUGUGA